AUGUCUGAUCCUUUAACAUCAAAUGGUGAUAAAAUCGAACCUCCUGAAGAAGCUGAAGAAGCUGAUAGCAAUUUAUUAGUUGAAUUUUCCAAUAGAACGCUUGCCUUACUAAAUCCAAACAAUGACAAAGACGAACGUUCCUCACCUUAUGAAUCAGAAAAUGAAGAAACAGAACCAGCAGAAGAAUCAUUUAAUUGGCGAUCUUCCUUAUUAUCAAAUCUCUUUCAUGUGAAAAGUAUUUCUACAGGUCAACCUGACCCUCAACUUCAUUCAGAUUUGAAAAAACGCCCGAAACUAGCAAGACGUCAAAAGUCGAAACCAUUAGAAACUGCAACGGGACCUUCGGAAGAUCAAUUAUCUGCUCCAUAUAUUGAAGAAGUACUUCCGGAGCAACCUGAUUUCAUAAGACAUCAACAAGUUGCUUCAGAUACAGAUGAAGCUGAAUCGUCCAAUCAAGUAGAAUCACCCGAAGGCGGAGAAACUUCAACUAGAAACAAAUUUCGCAAUCAUGUUAAGAAGGCACUAGCUUUAUCAAAAGCUAAUCAAGUGUUCAAUAAUUCGGAUAGAAAACAUUUACAAGAUACCGGUAAUUUAGGAGUUCUUUUAUUUCCAAGUCCAAUUUCUGUGCCUUAUUUAUGGGCAAGAAGAGAUUAUAAAAGCCGUAAAGCGCCACCUAUUUUAUUUGAUGCUUUGAAGCUUGCAAUUACUGACUCGUAUCACGAUGCGAAUGUUUAUAAUAUGCAAACUAUAUUUAGAAUAGAAUUAGAAUAUGGUGAUGUAAAAUGGGUUAUAAAAAGAUCAGGAAUUGAUUUUAUCUCACUCUAUAUCAACUUGAAAAAGAGAGCGGAUCUCCCCUUCGUACCAGCGAUACCAAAUGGUCUUUAUAAAUGGUUUCGUUCAUUAUUUCAUAGUACACAUAUUCGUCAUGAACUUCAACAAACCGCAGCUCUUGAAAGGAGAGAACAGUUGGAGAUUUAUUUAAUUCAAAUAAUUAGAACUUUAAAUAUGCACGUCUCCUAUGAGCUUAAUGAAUUCCUGGAACUUAGUGCAAUUUCUAUAACAAGAGACAUGGGUUGGAAGGGUAAGGAAGGUUAUUUUGAAAAUAAAGUUGAAAGGUUUCAUACGCCUAUUUGUUCUUUCAAAAAUUCUAAUGUAAAAUGGAUAAGUGAAUGGGUGAUCAUUCGUGACUCAUAUAUAGCAUUUUGUUCUCAUAUAAGUUCAACAACUCCAUCAGAUGUUUUUCUUCUUGACAGAAACUUUCAAUGUGACAAAGUACCUAUUCAAGGAAUUGAUCGUGUUUUAACAUUUCAUGGUCGUGUUAAUAUUGAAAAUGGUGCACGAAGGAUUGAACUUAAAGCGGAUACACGGAUGUUGAGUGAAUUCUUGGAAAGUAUUGAAAGAGUCAAACAAUCAUCUCCUUGGGUUAAGCAGCAUCGAUUUGAUUCUUAUGCACCUAUUAGGGAGAAUGCAAAGGUUAAAUGGUAUGUUGACGGUAAAGAUUAUUUCUUUGCUAUAUCCGAAGCCAUUCUAGCAGCUAAAUCAGAAAUUUAUAUUGAGGAUUGGUGGCUAUCACCAGAAUUGUAUCUUCGUCGUCCUCCAUCUCAAAAUGAAAACUUUCGAUUAGAUAGAUUGCUCAAAAAGAAGGCCGAAGAAGUUCAAAGACAUCCAGAUCAUGGACCUGAAGGCACAGUGUUUUGGGCUAAAAUGGUGGUUGUUGAUUGUCGAAUAGCAUUUAUCGGAGGGUUAGAUUUAUGUUUUGGUCGUUAUGAUACUCAUGCUCAUCAGUUGGUUGAUUGGAAUCCAGACGCUAGCAAACAUAUUUCAAUAUGGCCGGGUCAGGACUAUUCUAAUCCGAGAAUUAAAGAUUUUCAGAAUGUUGUUGAUUUCGAAAAUCCUUUGAUUGAUAAAUCACAAACUCCUCGUAUGCCAUGGCACGACGUUUCAAUUGGAGUGGUCACAAGGGAUGUAGCAAGGCAUUUUGUUCAAAGGUGGAACUUUAUUAAAGAGGAAAAAGCUUUUGACAAAGAAAAAUUUUCUUUUUUAACUCCAAAAGGAGAAUAUGUCAGUACACGUGAUGAGAGCAAAUUCAAAGAGAAUGAUCCAAAAUACGUUGUCAAAAAUAGGAUAGGAGAAUGUAUCGUUGAACGUAUUAAAAAAGCACACGAGAAUAAUGAAAAGUUCCGAAUCAUUGUAGUUAUGCCUUUAUUGCCAUCAUUCGAAUCUGAUUUGAAUUCAAGCGAUGCUGGGACAAUUCGGAUGGUUAUGCACUGGCAAUAUGUGUCAAUAUGCCGUGGUGGAAGAUCAAUUUUAGAAAAAAUAAGUGAUGCUGGAAUUAAUCCGGACAAGUAUAUCACUUUUUAUGCUUUGCGCGGACAUGAAAAAAUACAUUCUACUGAUAAUGUGAGUGAAAAUAAAUCAAUAAGAUCGAAGAGAUCAAUAAUAUCAAAUAAAGGAAAAGGAAAGUUGCCAGACAAAGAUAAUAAUUCUGGUGUAACAUUGGACAGAAAAUCAAGCAAUUUAUCACAAAAUUCGCGUAAAGAAGUGAGAUCAUCUAAAACUCCUUCAGAAUUGAAACCACCAGAAGAAUCAUUUGAAAAUGUAACUAAUGCAACUAGUGGUGGAAGCAAAGAAUCGACAAUUCGACAUCCUUUAGAAAAUUCAUUUUCGGAUGAGAAUGCAGAACCUUUUACAGAUGAUAGAAUUGGAGGAGAGCCAGCUAUCCCUUAUCAAAAUUCUCAAAUGGAUCCUAAAAAAACUUAUAUAACUGAAGAAAUUUACAUACAUAGUAAAUUAAUGAUUGUUGAUGAUCGAUACGUUAUUUGUGGUUCAGCUAACAUAAAUGAUAGGUCGCAACUUGGAAUGCGUGAUUCAGAAAUUGCAAUUGUUGUCGAGGAUAAUAAGAAAGUGGAGACGCGUAUGAAUGGAAAACCGUAUCAAGCAUCCAAAUUUGCAUAUACAUUACGUAGUAAUUUAUUUCAAGAACAUCUUGGGUUACUUGAAAAACAGGAUCACACAACAAUCACCAAAAGUUGCUUACCACCAUUGAGACCAGAAAAUUUAUAUGAAAUGCAUGAAGCGCACGGGAAAUAUGAGUCGAUUACAUCAAUAGUAGAUAACCCAGAAUCAUAUUAUCCUCCCAGGAAUCCUAAACAUCCCACAAAAUCAGAUCUAGUAGUUAUGGAUCCACUUUCUGAUGACUUUUAUGAUUAUUGGCGAACUACAGCACAUAACAAUACUGAAACUUAUCGUUCUGUAUUUAGAUGUGUACCUGAUGACAACGUUGUUGAUUGGGAAGAAUAUAAAAAAUUUGUUCCUGACCCUACUAGAGUGCAACCAUGUCAUGUAGCAAAUUCCGAAGCAACCGAAGAGGAAGUACGAAAAAAAUUAGAGAAUGUUCGUGGACAUUUGGUAGUAUUUCCCACAAAAUUUUUAAAUCAAGAAAACUUAUUAGGGAGUAUAAUCUCAAAUGCUGUUACCCCUGCUGAAAUAUUUACAUAA